AUGGCAUCAAAUGCAAUUCCCAAUGAAUCCCACAUCGCUAUCGUCCGAGGAACAGUAGACGACGGCCCAGCAGUCCUCGCUCUCCUAGACAACGCCGUCAAAUGGCUAGAAUCUACCGACAGAGUCGGGCAGUGGGGAUCAUCCCCGUUUUCAGAGAACCCAAGACGCGCUGAACAACUCGAAGAGUUCGCAACAACCGGUCUCGGCCUCUGGCUCGCCAUUAAGGUUGCGGAUGACACGCCAAUGAACCAAGAUCGACCUUCGGGGCCCAUCAUAGGCGCACUUGCCGUUGGAGAGAAGAUGCCUUAUGCGCCAGCGGUCUCUGAGCCUGAGCUUUACGUGCGCUUGUUAGUCUCGGAUCGACAAUCGGCUGGGCAGAAGAUUGGCAAGCGUCUUUUGGAACAUGCUCGUGAUCUUGCCAAUGGGGCUGGGGCUUCGUUAUUGCGGGUUGAUUGCUACGCUGGUGGUGAUGGUGGAUUGGUUCGAUAUUAUGAGUCGCAAGGGUUUGAGCGAUGUGAGCGCUUGGACCUUCAAGGGACUUGGCCUUGUCAGGUGCUUGCGCAGCGUUUACGGGUGAAGGGAGGAUAG